GCGGCAGGCGUGGCUGGGAGCGCGACGCUGAGGCGAGUUGGCCUCUCCUCAGACCUCUGUGAAGGCGGUUGCUUGGGGUGAGAAACCCAGCCACUGCUCCCGGCCCUCAGAGAGCCGAGCUAUCUCACAGGCGCCACCAUGACAGGCGGUUUCUGCGUCCCGGUAUUCCUGGCCGCCUGGCUCGCGGCGGCAGCGGCCGAGGCCGAGGGCCUGGAGCAGGCCGCGCUGCCGGCCGAGGAGAGCCGUGUGCAGCCCAUGACCGCCUCCAACUGGACGCUGGUGAUGGAGGGCGAGUGGAUGCUGAAAUUUUAUGCUCCAUGGUGUCCAUCCUGCCAGCAGACUGAUUCUGAAUGGGAGACUUUUGCAAAGAAUGGAGAAACACUUCAGAUCAGUGUGGGAAAGGUGGAUGUCAUUCAAGAACCAGGUUUGAGUGGCCGCUUCUUUGUCACCACUCUCCCAGCAUUUUUUCAUGCAAAAGAUGGGAUAUUCCGCCGUUACCGUGGUCCAGGAAUCUACGAAGAUUUACAGAAUUACAUAUUAGAGAAGAAAUGGCAAUCAGUUGAGCCUCUCACUGGCUGGAAGUCCCCAGCCUCUCUAACGAUGUCUGGAAUGGCUGGUCUUUUUAGUAUCUCUGGCAAGAUUUGGCAUCUUCACAACUAUUUCACAGUGACUCUUGGAAUUCCUGCAUGGUGUUCUUAUGUUUUUUUCGUCAUUGCCACUUUGGUCUUUGGCCUGUUCAUGGGUUUGAUCCUGGUGGUGAUCUCAGAAUGCUUCUAUGUGCCUCUUCCAAGAGCUUCCUCUGAACGCUCUGAGCAGGAGCAGAGGUCUGAGGAGGCUCAAGGAGCUGAGCAGCUACAGGAUGCAGAGGAAGAGAAGGAUGACUCAAAUGAAGAAGAAAACAAAGACAGUCUUGUGGAUGAUGAGGAAGAGAAAGAGGACCUUGGAGAUGACGAUGAAGUAGAAGAAGAUGAAGAAGAAGACAACUUGGCAGGCAUCAUGGAUGAGGAGAAAAGUGACAGCAAUGAGCAAGGAGUUGUGAAGGAGGGCAGUGUGUCCCCGAAGGAUGAAGAAGCUCGUUCAGCUGACACACAGGACGUGGUGGAAGACUCCUUGAGGCAGCGCAAGAGUCAGCAUGCCAAGGGACCAUAGGUUACAUUAUGCUACUUCUAAAAAUACAGGCCAAAAAAAAUAAGUUUGUUUCCCUCUGGUGUGCAGUUUAAGCCAAAUCCUUAGUUGUUUGUUUUGUUUUGUUUCUCUGGAUGAGCAAUGUUCACUUUUAAAAGAUGAUCUCUGGCCCUGUGGUUACGUGGUAGUAAGCUCAGUGUUGUAAGAGUCAGGUGCAGCACUUAGCCACCAUGGUGUCAGGAUCUUUGUGGGGACUUGUGCAGAACAAGUCGAUGUGCUUGGGAACUAAGGAGUAAAUCAGAAGACUUCUCUGCAGUUCUCAUGAGCACCUUUAGAAAUGAGGCUGCUGCUUAGUGAAGUGAGAACAAAGCCACCGCACUCUGGAGCACCUUGAAGUAGAGGAAGUCUUUGCCGUCACCGUUAAGCAUGUCCUUUAGUCAUGUCAGCAACAUCAGGUCCCACAGCUCCCCAACAUUAUCUUGGGGCUAGAAAUUGUGGAGACCUGGAUAUAGAUACAACUUCAAAAUGAAGUCAUGUAAGCUCUUGUGGUCUCUGUUGUCUUUUGUUUCUUACCUUUAAUCUCUAUGACUUUUCCUCUUUGACUUGCAGACUCCAUUUCACAGCUGCUCUGUAGUGAGAAGAGCAGGCAGCAGUGAUCUGCAUGCGUUACCCUUAAUUGAAGUAAAGCUUGAGGUAAUCAGUAAUCACAGCUGAUGAUGCCAAGACCGCCAAGUGUCUCAAAGAUAUGCUGUACUCUGAAAAAGCAAAAGAGAGUAGUGGAUUCAUAGGACAGGUAUAAACAACAUCUUGCUUGGGUCCCUAUAGUUACAGGAUGACUUCUUCAAGUUUCUUCAGCCACAUUCUUUGUUUUUCUGAACCGAAAAACACCUGUCACUACAAGGUAGUUUUCUAAAGCUGACUUCAUGUCUGUGAUAGUUUCCAUCUCCAGGAAUCUCUCUGGAAUCACUUUAAUAACCACUGAAAAGGCAUGUCGGCUUUGCUUUUCUUGAUGUGCUUUUGGUGAAAAAAUUGAUGAAAGUCAAUAUCAAGAGGUGAAAGAUUUGAUUUGUUUCUGUCUCUCUUGAUCCUCUAGAGAAUUGUAUGAUUAUAAAUCUCUCCCUGCUCAAUCUAAUAUCAGUGUCAAGGAACCCAGCUUUCUUAAAAAAAUAUUUCCAUCUCCUCUCUUACCCUCUCAUGUCUGCAAAUAAAUGCAUAAAAUAGAUUUUAGCUGUAUGAAAGAUGACUAAAGUGAAUCUUAUUACCCUUGGGUUGACUCAGAGUAAUGAGUUUAGGUUUGUGAAAUUCAAAAUGUUUCGACAUUUUAAAAAGGGAUAUGUAGUGUAAUUCUCUGUCUGCUUAGAUAACCCUUUGCUGCCAACAGGAGAGUCAUUGGUAGUGGAGGUUCAGAAUUCGCCCUCCUAUACUGCACAAGCCUGCUACAAACUUUGCACAAAGGAAGAUUUUAUUGUGACAAUCCAUUCUUUAUCAAUGUUUUUAUUUCAUCUUUGUAACUUAGUUAACUAUCAGUUCAAGGCUAAGGCUAUCACAGAACUGGAGACCUACUUCCCUUCCAUGUUUCUGCCCUUCUGAUACAUCCUUACUCAAAAGUGCCAUGGUUCUGUGGUACUUCCUGCUAUAUCUUCCUACUAGAGCUAAGCUGCACCUUCUCUUUUGCCAGUGCAUUUUGUUUCCUUGUAAUCAGAUGCAUGGAGUGUGUAAUAGUAAAUCUAUGUUCAGGGUAUGGAAAAGGGAAGGCUUGUGUCGCUGUUCUGUGACGUACCCUCCUCCAAAUUGACAUACUGGGUUCUAGUGCGAUAAUUGAGCAGAGGAAAACUUGAAGACUUACAGUCAGCCUUAGCUUUGAUAAAUGUUUUAAAACCACAUUCCAGUUGGACCACAAAUACUAUCUAAUAAUAUAAUGAGAUAAUAUAUUUUCUUUCUUAAUAAUACUUAAAAGAUAUUGGAGGCUGGGAGAAAGGGCCACGAAGAAGAGGCCUAAAAUUAUAUUUAUUCGUAGGAACAAAUUUUUCCUAGCUUUUCUCUUUUUAAUAUCCUGGUAAAAAUUGGGUUUCUAGUAAAUAGUCCAGGAAGUAUUUAUUUAACUUAAUUUCUUUUGAUGUAAAGCCUUUAGGUUAAUUUUCAAUACUUUGUUAAUAUAAAAUUAAAGGGAAAGACCAACUUACGAUUAGAUCAACAUUUAAUAUCACUUUAUUUUUGUGUAUAUAAUAAAUUUAAUCCAGAAGUUAAGUGCAUGAAAACAUGAUUUUAUAAAACAAAACUAACCAUGCUUCCCCUCCAUUGCCAUACCUGCUAUUUAAUUGUAGAUUGCUAUUUUCUGUAUGUUAAAAUUGGGUGAAUGAGAUAGCAAUUGUGGAAUGAGGAUAUAUAGUGCUUUAUGGACAGGUAGUUAGAGAAAGGUGCCUUGUUCUUCAUUGGAAUAUCUGAAAAUUCCACCUCUUUUUAAUUUUUCUUAGCACUUCACCCCUUAACCAUGCUGAACCACAGCAGCUUGCUUAGAAUCUCAUGGAAGCAAUGCACAGGCAAAUUCACGUUUUUGUUGUUUUGAUUGUUUUGAUUUUGAAAGCUAAUCGUGGAACACGGAAGAGAUGGCUCAUUCAGUGCACAGGCCAUUUCGCUGGGUGCUGUGGCAGUCACUGCAGUCUCAUCCUAUACAUAGGCUCUGUACCUGUUACUAUAGUAACUAGUGCAGUGGAAGGCAAACACGCUUGACAAGAUCGUCUCUGGGUAGCUGAAAAGCUACACUCUCACAUUUUAGGGCCACCCCAUGACUGAUAAUUAAGAUACUGCUGUGUAGUUUGAGUAUGUGUAAACUUGAAUAAGAGCACCUUGUAACAUCUUUUGACGAGGAGAUUAAAAUGCUAGUUAACAGAAUAUCUACCAUGUUGCUUUUUGCAUGAUGGGAAACAAUGGAGUUCAAAGGGAAGUUUUAAAGGAAUGAAAAGGGUGAAAGAUAUUUCAGCAUUAAAAUCCUAAGCAUGAAGUGAAAGGAGAGAUUGGUACUUCUGCUGGUGUAUACAGGUUUUCUGUGUUCUUCUCUUAGUGUUCCGCUGUUAUUCCUGCCAGUAUUGUACAUGCGUGAUUGACUUGCCUGUCAAAUCUAUCAAGUAUUGGAAAGUAUUUGUGUAAAUCUUUGUGCCAACAAGAAUUCUCCCAGUGUUGUGUAUCUUUACCUCAUACCAUUCAUUGAUAUGGUUCUUGUGAGAUUGUAGCUUGUCUGACAGAAGCCAAGGUGGAAUCCGAUGAAACCUGCCGGGCAGGAGGUUCAACUGAGAAACCUAAGACAGCUUCAGCCUAGCAUGUGGACCUCAGCGGCAUAGUCUCUAAAGUUUUGUGUAAACUGUGAUGUUCACCUGUGGCUUUGACCCAUUUCUGAUGUGGUUUAAUUUUAUUUCUUUCUGGACAGCUUUGUAGAAAUGGAAUUUUUAUACUAAAGACACUGUUCACUUGUAAGUCAAUACAUUAUAAAAUGGUGUAUUUAUUUUUUGUAAUAGUGUGGAUUGUUUAGCCCAGUGUAUUUAUUUUCCUUUACCUGUGUAUUCUGUGCUCUCAAAUAGAUGUGUAGCAAUUGAAAUGAGAACUCAGUGCAUCAUUUCAAGCACUACAUUGCCUGCAUUGCAAAUUCUCUGAGCACAGGAUUGUACAGAACCCUGAGCCUGUGUACUGCCAUUUGAUUGUCAGUUCCAUUUGUGUCAAAACCUAAAGGUGGUGAUGACCAAGUGAAACAGAGUGCUGUACUGCUUUUUCAUAUGAAUAUUUUCACAUAAAAGCAUUUGUGAAAGCAGUUGAAAAUAUUACUUUGUUUAAAAAAA